GCGGCGGCGGCGGCGGUGCUGGAGAAGAACGCGGCGGAGCUGACGGUGAUGGACGUGUACGACAUGGCCUCGCUGGUGGGCCAGGAGUUCGAGCGCCUCAUCGACCAGCACGGCUGCGAGGCCAUCGCGCGCCUCAUGCCCAAGGUCGUGCGGGUGCUGGAGAUCCUGGAGGUGCUGGUCAGCCGCAGCCACAUCGGCUCCGAGACCGAGGAGCUGCGCCUCGAGCUCGACCGCCUCCGCCUCGAGCGGGUGGAUCGCAUCGAGAAGGAGCGGAAGCACCAGAAGGAGCUUGAACUGGUGGAGGACGUGUGGCGCGGGGAAGCGCAGGACCUCCUCACCCAAAUCGCGCAACUGCAGGAGGAGAACAAGCAGCUGAUGACCAACCUCUCCCACAAAGGCGAGAGCUUCUCGGAAGAAGAGCUCCAGAAGCGUGAAGGAAUGUCAGAAAGGGAAAGACAAGUAAUGAAAAAACUGAAGGAAGUGGUAGACAAACAAAGGGAUGAGAUCAGAGCCAAGGACAGAGAACUUGGACUUAAAAAUGAAGAUGUGGAAGCACUUCAACAACAGCAAAACAGGCUGAUGAAAAUUAACCACGACCUCCGUCACAGAACCACGGUUGUGGAGGCACAAGGCAAAGCUUUGAUUGAGCAGAAAGUGGAGCUGGAGGCCUCCCUGCAGACCCAGGAGCAGGAGAUGGCAGCACUGAGGGCUGAGCUGGGCAAACUCCGGGAGAAAGUGCAGGGGGAGCCUAGCCAAAACGGGGGAGGAGUUCAGGCAGACGAAACAAGAAACGAUGACUACGUCUCAGAAUCGGAGAAGGCGGCCAUGGAUUCGAAAGACCCCAACCGCCCCAGAUUUACGUUGCAAGAACUACGGGACGUUUUGCAUGAGAGAAACGAGCUGAAGUCUAAAGUCUUUUUGCUGCAGGAGGAACUUCUCUAUUACAAGAGUGAUGAGGCUGAUGAAGAAACUCAGUCCUCCCAAUCCACCACCGUGACGACCUCGAGGCCCUCAGCUCAGCCGGAGUCAGGAAUCAAGCGGCUGAUGUUUACCGCCAUCAUGCCCAUGGUGGCUGCCGGAUUGAUCCCGGAUGAUCCCACAUUGCAGCCAAUAAGAAGACUUAUGUCCCUUGUUUAGCUUCUUCUCCCGCGACAAGAAGCGGACGCAAGCAACCCACAGAACCGCCUCCUUCCAGGGCUCUUUUGGUGAAUGGGCCGA